UUCCGUUUCCUUUUCGCGUGAACGUCCAACAUGAGAACCAAGGGAUUGUUGAAGGAGUACGAGGUCGUGGGCCGCAAGCUGCCCAGCGAGAAGGAGCCCCAGACGCCGCUCUACAAGAUGCGCAUCUUCGCUCCCGACAACAUCGUGGCCAAGUCCCGUUUCUGGUACUUCCUGCGCCAGCUGAAGAAGUUCAAGAAGACCACCGGCGAGAUCGUGUCCAUCAAGCAGGUGUACGAGACGUCGCCCGUGAAGAUCAAGAACUUCGGCAUCUGGCUAACUUGA